AUGAGGAAGAGAGAGAGGGAGAAUCCAUGUGGGGUUUGUGGGCACUACCACAAGUACGAGGAAGGCGAAGUGUGCGGCAUCUGCGGUCACCGGAUGCCCACCGUCACCGAUAAAUACGCCGCCGCCUCCGGCCAUGUCAGUGCUUUCCCAUCCGAGAUUCUGCCAGACUUUCUUUACUUGGGCAGCUAUGAUAAUGCCUCCAGGGCUGAGCUUCUCAGGACUCAGCGCAUCUCACAUAUUCUCAAUACUGUGCCUGCUUGUCAAAAUUUGUACAAAAACUCUUUUACCUAUUAUUGCCUCAAAGAUGACCCAAAAUUGCCGUUCAAUGAUGCUAUCCAGUUUCUAGAACAAUGUGAAAAAGAUGGAGCUCGCGUUCUUGUGCACUGUAUGUCAGGGAAAAACAGGUCCCCAGCUAUUGUAAUCGCCUUUUUGAUGAAAAACAAAGGUUGGAAACUUUCAGAGAGUUACAAGUGGGUUAAGGAGCGUAGACCUUCAGUUGAAAUAAAUCAAGCGAUCUACCAGCAAUUACAAGAGUACGAACAAAAAGUUUUUGGUUCACUGGAAACAAGCGGUAUUUCCUUGCCAAGCUUCUCACCUUCCAAUCCGCCGUCCUUCAGCUUAGGCUUUCCAAAGCCUAAUGAUCCAAUGUUCAGCUUUGGAGCUGGGCAGACUCAAAAUAGCACCCCACAUGAAAGUACAUUCAGCGCAAACACAAACGUCAGUAAUGGUAAUGAUAUUCCCAUGGAUGUAGAUCUGCACGGUUUGGCACCCGAAGCAACCGGUGGUGGUAUUGCAGUUGCCGCCGAUGAACCUUCGCGACCUGCAGAUGGCGCAGAUCUACAACGUCGUCGCCUGGCCGACCACAAAUGGGCUGGGUCUAUGUCGCCAUGGUGUAGUACUGCAGCCGUCGCCGAUGAACUUCGCGAUGCUGCUACAAAUUAG